CUAGCUUCAUGCAUCUACUAUAAAUAGUCCUGUGUUUUUUCACAAACAAAACAUAAACAUAAACAAAAACAAAGCUAAGAGAUCAAAUCAGAGUUAUGGCAGCUGAAAAUACUGAUGUUAUUCCUUUGCUCACCCCAUACAAAAUGGGAGAAUUCGCCCUCUCCCACAGGAUAGUAUUAGCACCCUUAACCCGGGAUCGGUCAUACAACAACGUUCCACAGCCACAUGCCGCCGUGUACUACUCUCAGCGAGCAACCAAAGGCGGCCUCCUUAUCACUGAAGCAACCGGUGUAUCGGACACUGCUCAAGGGUACCCUGACACACCUGGAAUUUGGACAAAGGAGCAUGUGGAGGCAUGGAAACCUAUAGUGGAUGCAGUUCAUCAAAAGGGUGGUGUUUUCUUCGUGCAGUUGUGGCACGUUGGUCGUGUCUCUACGAAUGAUUACCAGCCAGGUGGGCAAGCUCCACUCUCAUCGACAGACAAAGGACUGACCCCUGGCCUAUAUGGAGUAGACUGGUCUCCUCCUAGACCACUAGCCACAGAUGAAAUUCGUGGUAUUGUCAAUGAUUUCAGAUUGGCUGCACGCAAUGCUAUUGAAGCAGGAUUCGACGGAGUCGAGAUACAUGGUGCCAACGGCUACGUGAUCGAGCAGUUCAUGAAGGAUCAAGUCAACGACAGGACGGACGAAUAUGGAGGAAGCCUAGAGAACAGGUGCCGCUUUGCUCUAGAAGUGGCGGAAGCCGUGAUCGACGAGAUAGGAGCGAAAAGAGUUGGGAUGAGACUGUCUCCGUAUUCAGAUUUCAACGAGGCAGGGGACUCUGACCCAGAUGGGCUUGGCCUCUACAUGGCCAAUGCACUGAGCAAGCGGGACCUUGUGUACCUCCACGUGAUCGAGCCACGAGCUGUUGGUUCAACGGUUAUUGAAGGGUGCGCUGAGGAUCAGCUCCUCCCCAUGAGGAAGGCAUUUAAAAAUACCUUCAUCGCUGCUGGCGGCUUCAACAGGACUACGGGGAGCACAGCUGUGGCUGGAGAUGGCGCGGAUUUGGUAGCGUUCGGGCGCCUGUUCUUGGCCAAUCCGGAUUUGCCAAUGAGGUAUAGCUUGGAUGCUCCUCUCAACAAGUACGACAGGAACACAUUCUACACUUGUGAUCCUAUUGUUGGAUAUACUGACUAUCCGUUUCUUCAACAAGCAUAGCCUGCCUGCUUCUUUUUAGCACUGAUCAAUAAAGGAUUAUUUGGGAAAAUAUGUUACGCAUGUGUUGUACUUUUCCAAAUGGAUUUCGAUAUUUAUAUGCUACAAAUUACUUUACUGAGUUUGUAAA